AUGUCUAAAUCGUUGAAGCUCAAUGCCUCCAACCCUAAACUCUGGCUCCUCCUCGGAAUAGGACUCGCCGGCGCCGUCGUUCUAGCCGAGACCCGGCGGAGACGACGCCGGAAGCUUCCCAAAGAGGACUUCGGUGCAUUCGUAGAGCGGUUCGAACUUCUCCCCAUUCCUCAGCCCGACCAAACGCAAGCGCUCUCUGCCCUAACCUUCGCCAUCAAAGACAUAUUCGAUGUUAAGGGGUAUGUGACGGGAUUUGGGAACCCUCAUUGGAAGAGGACGCACGCUGAGGCUGAGAAGACUGCGAUUGUCAUCACUGCUCUCCUCUCCAACGGUUCUACUUGUGUCGGCAAGACUGUUAUGGAUGAAUUCUCUUUUGGGAUUUUCGGCGAGAACAAGUUUUAUGGAACGCCAACCAAUCCUUACUUGCCCUCAUCUAUCCCUGGCGGUUCUUCCAGUGGUUCAGCUGUUGCUGUUGCUGCUCGCCUCGUUGACUUUGCUAUUGUUGCAGCAUGGCUUGCCAUGCAUAGUCUUUCUCUUUCUUAUCCAUGUAAAGGUACCGAUACAACAGGAUGUGUGAGAAUUCCAGCAGCAUUCUGUGGUAUUUUUGGGUUUCGACCAUCUCAUGGGCUUGUAUCCACCAUUGGAGUUCUUCCAAAUGCACAAAGCUUGGACACUGUUGGAUGGUUUGCUCGGGAUGCUUCUGUCCUACGUCGUGUUGGACUUGUUUUACUUUCAAUGAAUUUGGUGGAGCUCAAAAGGACAAGGCGUAUUAUCUUUGCUAAUGAUCUUUUUCAAUUAUCUAAAGUUCCUUCACAGAAGACGGUGUAUGUUAUUGGCAAAGCAAUUGAGAAUUUGUCUGGUUGUAAAUAUGAAUUCAGAACCAAUCAUGAAGAAUGGGUUAAAUCAGUCAAACCCAGGUUUGGGCGUGCUGUGUCUGAGCGUGUUAUUGCGGCCAUGAAUACUACACAUGAUAAUGUGAAAACCUUGUAUAAAGUAAGAACUGAAAUGCGGGUUGCUUUCCAACGUUUGUUAAAGGCUAUGCCCUUAUCUCCUGUUUUGAUUGUUCUACAGGAUGAUGGAAUACUAGUUAUUCCCACUGUUCCAGAUGAUCCAUUAAAGCUUGAUACGGAGAAAGGAUUUUCUUCUGAGUUUCAUGAGAGAGCUUUUGCACUAUCUAGCAUUGCUAGUAUCUCCGGAUGUUGUCAGGUUGCAAUUCCAUUAGGAUAUCAUGAUUGUUGUGCUUCUGUCUCGUUCAUCUCAGCACAUGGAGCUGAUAAAUUUCUUCUUAAUACGGUUUUGGAUAUGUAUACAACUCUUCAGAAGCAAGUCAGUGUCGCUUAUGCUUUGCCUCUGCCGGAGACAAACGGUGGUAUGGAAAGUUCUGAGCUUCUAAAGGAGAAGGGAAAUGCAGCCUUUAAAGGAAGGCUGUGGAAUAAGGCAGUCGAUUACUACAGCAAGGCUAUUAACUUGAAUGGGACAAAUGCAACUUACUUCAGCAACCGCGCAGCUGCUUACCUAGAAUUAGGAUGCUUUCAGGAAGCUGAAGAGGACUGCAAUAAGGCCAUAUUACAUGAUAAGAAGAAUGUGAAGGCAUACCUGAGGCGUGGAACUGCUAGAGAAUUACUACUUCGUUAUAAGGAAGCUCUAAAAGAUUUCCAGCAUGCUCUCGUUCUUGAGCCGCAGAACAAGACUGCUAGUCUUGCAGAGAAGAGACUCAGAAAAUCGAGGAGUUGA